AUGGCCAUCUCUGAGCUCGAUUACAUCUACUCUGCCCUCAUCCUUCACAACAAUGGGGUUACGGUCAUGGAGGAUAAAAUUAACGCCCUCAUUAAAGCAGCAGGUGUAAAUAUUGAACUGUACUAUCCUGGAUUAUUUGCAAAGGCCCUGAACAAUGUAAACAUUGCAAGUCUCAUCUGCAAUGUAGGAGUUGGUGGACCUGCCCCAGCAGCUGGUGGUGCUGCCCCUGCUGGAGCUGAGGAGAAGAAAGAGGAAGCAAAAAGAGAAGAAUCAGAGGAGUCUGAUGAUAUGGGCUUUGGUCUGUUUGACUAA